AUGAAGGGUCUGAGUGGCAUGCUUGCAGACGCCUAUGUGAUAUGGCUAUCGCCCCUCACCAACUGCUGCGCUCCGCUGUCCACCCGUCCGAACGAGAAGUCGCGUCAAAACAACAUUGACAUUUCUGGGAAACUGUCACCCACUGUAACCUGCACACAGCCCGUGCCCAUGCCGCCGCUUUUUGCUGGGACAAUGCAGAAGCCAGUCGAAGCUCGUCAUCAUCUGCAGGGGAAGCCGAAGGGAGUGAAGAGAAGUUUCGCAUUGCUCCGGGAGCGGUUCUCUGUGAGCAAGCGAUCUCGCUCAGACUCGUCUCCGCGACGGCUACAAAUAUCGGCCCCCAGCAACUUUCGCCAUCUUCACUCCGAGUCCUUCCAGUUUCCCCAAUACACGAAUCUUCAGCACGUUGGGCGGACUCCACCGCCACGCCCUUCGCCGCGACCUCGUCCUUCUUCGUUCAGGCCGCUCGAACUAAGCAUAUAUGUGUCCAAAAGGGAGCUGUCGCCGAUCCUGCCACACUUCGACAUGAUUACGCCGCCGCCGCCGGUUCGGCUGGAGCCGAACCCGGAUGACGAUGUCUUCGGGCCUUCACACGAGCCUAACUACUCGCCCAUGUCGUUUCAUCUCCCGCGAAAGAUGUCGGCGUCGCCGUCAGCCACCACUGCGAGCGACACACCGCCGAAAAUCCCACCAAAGUCGAGGGCUCGGUCACAGACAUGCAGCAGCACGGAGAGGAUGAAGGAGCGUAUUGCUAGCGCCAUGCUGGAGGUCGACAAGCUCCAGCGUGAGAUCGACUUAAUCAUGGAGCGCCAGAGCACGUACGCUGGCAGCCGGCCCUCGACAGGCCAUUCGAUGGCAUUGACGGUGCACGAAGAAGAACCAGUACCCACGGUCCCCGCCCUGCCACCCUCUGCGCCAUCGUUCGCGGAGCGCCUGAACCCCGGGGCCGAGCGUCCGCACACGGCACCAACGCGACCCCCGGUACACAUUCCCCACCGCAGCAUGGCUUUCGCCGACGCCUCGGCGGCCUUCAUCACACCACCGCCGAGCCGCGGCAGGGAGACCCGACCGCCGCCGCCGCCCCUGCCACUGGUUCUCCGCCCGCCACUUCGAAAGAAGAAAUCUUUUUCGCGCGUCUCCAGCUGGUUGUUCCCCAGUGGUGCAGCAGGGCAGCACCAUCAGCGGAGCAUCAGCCACGACUCCGUCACCAAUUUCCCCCGCCCCGUCAAGGGCCGCGAGGGCUUCUACCAGUGUGUGCAAGCGCCGCAGGACAGGCGCACAAGUUUCGGCUCGGUGUCGACUGUGUCGACGUGGGAGUCGGAAGACGGUGGUCAGACGGUCCCGACAACGUGGUCGCCAGGCAGCACCCUCGCCACAAGGGCGGAGGAAGCGCCGCUGGAGCGUGUCACCACGUUCGGGAAGGAAAGGGACAUGAGUGGUCUUGGGAAGAUGAACUUUGCCGUGUCGUUUUGA